CGUUACACCUCUCCGUGUUCAGUUAAAUUCAUUUCCUUUGAAAUGGCUUCCUCUUCUACACCAAGCCAUGAUCAGAUUCGUCCCAAAAACGCUUUUGAGCAGCUCGCACCAUGUUUCUCUGUGUCUGCAUCUACGGGGCCCUGGCAGAUAUUCAUUAACCAUCGCGGAAGCGAUACGAAAUACACAUUUGCCAACAAAAUUCAGGAAAAACUUGAUGGCGUGGGAUUCCGAGCUUUCCUUGAUGUAGAAGCACUUCAGCCCGGCGAUUUGAUACCAGCAGAAAUACAAGCAGCAAUGACCAGUGCCUCCCUUCACAUUGCAAUUUUGUCUCCCGACUAUGCCGAAUCCCCAUGGUGUUUGGCUGAGCUAGCUUUCAUGCUCCAAACUCCUGCUAAAAUCUUUCCCGUUUUCUAUCAUGUUGAGUCCUCAGAUGUCAGAUGGGUACAAAAAGGAAUAUAUGCUCAUGCAUUUUCAGAAUAUGGAAAGAAAGGCAGAUACACCCAGGAAAAGCUCGAUGAGUGGAAAACGGCACUCCACAACAUUUCAUUCCGUUCCGGCUACCCGGUUAACAAUAACGAGGACGAGGCCACAGAAUGCCCAAGGUAUCUGGAGAACGAGGUGGAGGUGGAUGAGACGUCCGGACAUUUGUGUAAGGGUGAUUAUUUGUUUUAUUUGGAGGGAAAGGAGAAGAAUGAGGAGGAGAGGAAAGUGGUACUAAUAUGUGUGUGCCUCCACAAGUCUCGUCCUAUAUCCGUGUGGUCACUUUUCUUCAGGGGAAGUGUUGAAGUAGAGAGAGAGAAAGCAGUGGUAGUUGAGGGAAGAAGGGAAAGAGUGGUGGAGGCAUUUUACCGAUUAUUAGCACGUCUGGAAUAG